AACUCAUAAUUGGUUUUGAGAAACGUGAAUUAACGUUGUUUUUAUUAUUAAAUAUUUAAGUGAGAUGGCAUCUCGUGGAUUACUACUAUUGGGCCAAUGCAUGCCCUGCAUCAAGCAAAAUGCUUCCAAAAUACGUGUUCGUCGUAUGGAGCUGGACACAAAUCUAAAUAUGUACUUUAAAAAGGAUACAUUCUUCUUUGCACACGAUCCUGAAAAGGUGUGUAAAACGGGCGAUGUUGUAUUGAUAAGAGAGCUGCCCGAACGCUUGACACGACUUAUAACGCAUAAGGUAGAAAAAGUAGUUUACCCGCUGGGUGACAUAACCGAUCCAAUUAGCGGUAAAAAAGUUGUUGUUGGCAAAUACCGCGAGGACAUCGAAAUGGCCAAUCAGCUGUUCGGCAAAUCAGAAAAGGCAUUCGACUACGACAAGGCGCCGCCACGUGGUCGUCUGGAAGGUACCAAGGACUUUACACACGGCGAAACCUACAUCAAAUAUCACGAGGAUGGCAAGGAUCAGCCCUUCGCCGUGUAGCCCUAAAGUACAUCCAAUCUUGCUCUAAGUAGGCCCCUAAGUAGCUAAACAAUAUAGUCGACGUUACAUUUUACUAAAUAUUUUUAUUU